UCAUGCGUCCGAAAAUCACAGGUUGUGAAUUUGGACGCAGCCAGCGACUCGUCUACGCGUCAAUCAACCUCAAGACUGAAUGCUUAUAGAAUCAAAAUGUGUUUAAUUAACAGCAGAGAUGAAAAUGCCAACAUUAAUACACAAGGUUUCGUAAUGAGGAAAAAGGCGCGGAAGUGCAGUGUAAGUGACUGUAUUUGCGAAUGGAGGGGAUAAACCUUUUUUUCUGAGGAGGGGAGGGGGCAGCAGCCCAUGUUAGACAGCCGGCAGAACUCACCAGCAACUGGACGGAACCAAGAUGUACUCCCCGCUCUCUCCUGACAAAGUGUGGGUCCCACUGCUCAGCUUCACGCUCCUCUUCCUCUUCGUGGCGCAAGCUGCAAAAUGCCCAGAGCAGUGCGUAUGCGACCAGAUCCAGCUCGCCGUCACCUGUGUCAACAAGAACUUGACUGAGAUUCCGCCCACUGUGGACGAGAUUACAGUGAAAUUUGACCUUCGAGGGAACGACAUCCAAGAACUCCCCACCGGAGCGUUCCGAAAAACCCCGUAUCUCACUCACCUGUCUUUGCAACGCUGCAACAUCCGUAGGGUGAAGGAGGGCGCGUUCAGAGGCCUCGGCCGCCUAGUCUUCCUCAACCUGGCAAGCAACCACAUUGACAUCUUGUACCAGGAGUCUUUCGACGGUCUGUCCUCAUUGAAGCAGCUCAUGAUAGACCGGAACCGCGUUGAGGAGAUCCAGCCCGGAGCCUUCUCCCAGCUCGGCUUCCUCAACCUGCUCUCGCUUACGCACAACCAUCUUGUCUACAUCCCUAACAUGGCCUUCCAGGGCUUACUGAACAUCAAGUGGCUUCGCCUCAGUCACAACUCCCUGAACUACUUGGACAUUGAAGCCUUCGCCGGCUUGUUCACUCUCAACCGGCUCAGCCUGGACCAUAACGAGCUGCAGUUUUUCCCAACAGAGACCAUGACCAGAUUGCCAGAAGUGACCCGCCUGGAUUUGAGCUACAAUCCCAUGACGUACCUGGGUGAAGAGUCUGUGUCAAUGGCCAAGCUGAGCCACCUCUUCCUGGAUCACAUGUCCCUGCAGGAUCUGGCCAACACGGCCAUAUCCAAGUCUCCCAAUCUCAUCCACUUGGAUCUCAGCCAUAACCAGCUGCGUGUCAUGCAACCCUUCUCGGACGGCACCCCUAAGCUGGCCCGACUCCACUUGGCCGGAAACCCCAUUUACUGUAACUGCUACAUGCGUCCGCUCAGGGAGUGGGCCAUCCGUAGUAAGGUGAAGCUGAUAGGAACAUGUGCAGGACCGUUACACCUCUCCGGAGAAAUCCUCGAAGCGGUCCAUCCUCCGGAGCUGCGCUGUCAAAGCCAGGAGGCCAUGCUGAAGGCCGAGUUUGAGGAAGCUAGUAGAAGAGCGCCGCCACCCACUGAGGCGCCGGAGAACAAAGCCAAGUGUCCCACUAACUGCGCCUGUGAGGCUGAGGCAUACCAUUCCUCCUGCGAGAACCGCGGUCACUCCAAAAUUCCUCGGGGUUUCUCUCCGGACACACGCCUCCUCGACCUGCGCGGCAACAACUUCCACUACGUCCGGAGCAACAGCUUCCCCGCCGUCUCUCAGGUGGUGUCGCUGCACCUGCAGCGCUGCAAAAUUGUAGAGGUGGAGGACGGAGCUUUCAAUGGCAUGAAGGGCCUCAUCUACUUGUACCUCUCAGAGAAUCUCAUCUCAUCCCUCAGGCCUGAAGCAUUUAAAGGACUCCCUCAGCUGACUUACCUUCACCUAGAGAAGAACAACUUCACCAUUUUCCCAAAAGCGGCCUUUAAACUGCUUCCGGGACUGCUUGCGCUUCAUUUGGAGAACAACUCUAUUUCCAAACUUGAGGCGAAUGCCCUGGAUGGCGCUAAGAACCUCAGAGCCCUCUACCUCACCGGAAACGCUGUUGACCACGUAUCACCCAAGGCUUUGGAGCACGUGGCCGACCUUGAUACGCUACACCUGGCAGGGAACAAGCUGAAAGAAGUGCCCACUGAAGCCUUGAGCAAGCUGGGGAACAUGAAGGACCUGAGGUUGUCAGGGAACGCCAUUCGGUGGGUUGGCCCAAAUGCUUUUCAGCCUUUGGGAAAAUCACUGAAGGAGCUUUAUUUGGAUAAUAUGGCAUUGGAGAAGAUGUCUCAAAGCUCACUGGCAGGCUUGGGUCCAGGUUUGAGGAGUCUCUUCCUGGAGGGGAACCAUCUGGAAGAGGUGCCGGACCUCCGUCAGUUCACCUCCUUGGAGGUCAUCAACCUGGCGGACAACCCUUUGAUGUGUGACUGCCCUCUGCUGCCACUACGCCUCUGGAUUGAGAAAGUCAACCUAAAGGUGCGAGCCACCUGUGCCAACCCGCCUGAGCUGAGGGGCCGCAGAGUCAAAGACGUCCAUGUUUUCAAGGCAUGUCCAGGAGGCGAUUCACUCCCUUCUGUUCCCAGUGUUGCCACAAAGCGUAGCAAGACGCCCAAGGCCACCAAACCGAAGCCGAUGCACCUCAGCAGCAGAGUUAAGCAGGGUAAGAUGCACAAAAGCAAAUCCAAUCUUCGCAAGACUCCAAAGACAAAAGGGACCAAGAAAACAAAGAGACUGAGCAUGGCGUAAACCUUAACCAAAGCUACUUUAGUUUCAUGUUUGCAGUAUGAUGUGCUCGGAUGAAAAUAGGUGUUCAAUCUUCAUAGCGCCAUUAGAUGGACAUUCUCAGUGAAGGUAAUGCUUUUUUAAAAUUUUGACCAUUUGAAGUCAUCUAAACACAACUGACAAUUGCACUGUUGCUGGCAAGCACUUCAAUUGAUUUGCAAGUAGAAAUAGUCAAGUGUGAAAUAAAAGAAAAGAAAACAAGUAAA